CAAGGCAUCUUCAUCUGUGUAACACUAUGGCUUUAAACUCAGGUCCAAUUGCGGGGAAAGGCUCUCUUUCAGGAAUCAGCCUUGAUUAACCCCGCCCUUGAUCCUGCCAAGGCCCCGACCGCAGCAUGUCUGUGGCCAGAGCGCCCAAGCGAUCGGUGGAAUGGGUCUCAGUUUAGAGCCCUACCGGUAGUGCCGGUACAAGUACAGUAAGAGCACUACCGGUACGAGUACUGUGCUCGUACCGGCAGUACUCGAGUACACUUAUUGCCGGCCAGAGAAGGAUACUUUCCAGAUCUCUCUUCACCGGAUUUCUUGGGCGCGGCACCCCACGGACUAAGGGAUAAUAAACCAUACCGGCUGGAACACCGCAAAGCCUUCUCCCAUCAUUCCCUCUCCUUUCCCGCCUUUCCCGCCUUUCCCGCCUUCUCCCACGCCUUCCAGUUAUUGCCCCAUUACUCGUACGCUAUCGCCAUGCUGCCAAUGCCGCGGUAGCUUGAAAACAAACACUUCAGGCCACGAAAGGCGCAUCAUUUUGGUUGCGAUACUCGCAGAAAGAAAUCAAUGAGAGCCGCGCUAUUGAUAAUGGCGGCGCCCUUCGCGGGCUACCGAUUUCCAUUCCCUGCGUUCUUGCUUGAUUGUUUGCCGGGCUGCUUUUCUAAUAUCGUGCCUCUGGCAAAGAGGGUUGAUCAAUUUACUGAUCAGGUAGUCCCGCCAGGCACCCCCCGCCCCGGAACCCACAGGCUGCUGUAUUACAAGUACCACUACCGGUACUCUACUGUACGAGUACGGGUGCUGGGAAGAUUGACUAGUGGCGGGAAAGCUUGGUGCUAGCGAGAUGAGGUCACUGUUCUUGCGGAUAUGUUGGUAUAUUUGAUGAGACUGCUUGUCGGUGUUAGUGCCGGGGAGAGAAAAAGUACUUGGGCGGAGAAGGGGGGAUUGGAGAGAUAUAAGUAGAUCUGAAGGUCUCAAGCCGUGGAGAAGACACCACCGCACUGUUAAUAUACGGCUCGCGAUGUUUUCCAGGCUGUCUAUCGUUUCAAUGGCUUUUGUAGCCGCGCUGUGUGGUGCGGUUCCGGUUGAGGAGAGAAAUGGUAAACAUGUUUAUCCCGGGUGGGACAAAUUGAAGUACCUUUUCUUCUUGUACGUUGAUCCUACCAUUACUACUUGAUGGGCUUGUGGCUGAUUUUUCCGGGGAUGAAGUGGUGAUUCUUACACUACUACGGGCUUCAACCUGACCAAUGGCUCGCCACUACCAGGUUCCGGAAACCCGAUGGGAAACCCGCCUUGGCCGGGGUUCACUUCUGCGAAGCAUGCGAUCCUUUUCUUACUUAGCUUGAAUGAUAGUGAGUCUAACAAAAAAAACAGUGGCCCGAACUGGGCAGGAUACUUAACAACCACAUUCAAUAGAUCCGAAUUAUUAGCCUACAACUUUGCCUACGGUGCCCUCCCCGCCACCCAGCCCGCUGAACAAACGAGUAUAAUAAGCAAAACGCUAACAAUCCCCAGGCGGUGCAACCGUAAAUUCGGCCCUCGUGAAGCCCUAUCUCCCAACCGUCCUCUCCUUCGCCGAGCAGGUCCAGACCCUCUUCCUCCCAAAUCUCUCCCCCGAAUCCCCCGCCUCGCCUGCCCCUGCCUGGGAGUCCGAAAAUUCCCUCUUCCUGGUCUGGAUUGGUGUGAACGACGUCGGGAACAGCUACGAGAAUGGCGACUACGCCAAUUUCCACGGGAUCCUGAUGGAUGAGUACUUCCGCAUUCUGGAGGAAUUAUACUGUGCUGGUGCUAGGAACUUUUUGCUCCUAAAUGUGCCUCCCAUUGAGCGCAGCCCGCUCACAAUCGGACGAGGGGACCAGGCAGUGUCCUCGGAGCGGGAGGCGCUGGAGAGCUAUAAUCGCGCGUUGGAGGAUGGAUUGUGUGGGUUCAAGAGGAGCCAUACGGAUGUUCACGGGGAUGUUUUUGAUACCGCUGAGGUAUUUACCAGGAUUUUGGAUGGGCCGGAACGGUAUGGUAUCAAGAACACAACGGCAUUCUGUGGGCGGUAUAGAGGGUAUAAAACCUCCCUCCCCCCCCCUGCGGUUCCUUCCGGGCUUCUGAAUCGCCGUUAACGAGAGCAGCGGAACGCCGGAGUGGGACACCUACUACCCCGAAUGCGGCAUCAAAGUCAGUGAGUACUUUUGGUUGGACUCCUUGCACCCCACGUGGCCGGUGCACAAAGUCCUCGCGGAGAAGAUUGCGGAGAGCUUGUAAUCUGCACCUCGUGAUGUGAGAGAGGAGCAUCGCGCAGUUUGUAGACCGUACCGCAUUCUAGGGGUCGCGGAGUAGUAUAACUUGACUUGUAUAAUUACCUACAAUUAUAAUUAUCGUAUCGAUUGAUAUGGUAUAUUUGCGGACCUUUAGUCGUUUGAGGGGGUCUAACCCAGGUUUGCAUUUGGCUCUCGUGAUACGGUAUCAUACAGAGCACGAGAAUGAGGAAAGGAUUCCUGUCAAUUGAUCCGCCGCAUUCACUAAAUUGCCGUACUGUAUGAUACAAGUAGUACCCUAUGCCGUCGUUCGGGAAAUGAUAAUUACCGGUACUUGCGCCGUAGAAGAAAGAAAGAAAAAAGAAAAAAAAAACAUCUUGAAACCCACUAUCUCCGCUAGCCUUGUUAAUCUCCGGAUCUCCGAGUCAAAACCUCCCUUUAGAAGUA